ACCAGACUAUUCUUUUCUUAGUCUUUCUUAAGCUUAUUCUGUGCAAUCCUCCUCUCUUUGAUUCUCUUUUUCUCCUCUCUUUCAAUCUCUUUACCAGACUACAUUUUUUCUUUGCCUACCGAGUGUCUUAUUUUCAUGAGCUUUUUGGACGGUUCUUUUACGAACUAUGCGGAGCUUCUCUACUCUCGCUGAACUUUUGAGUCUGAACACCUGUGAAUCCUGUCCGUGAGGACCUGAUUUUCACCCACUUUUUCAGCGAUGAGAUGCAUUGCUUCUUCCUGUAAAACGAAUCAUGCAGUUUCUUCAAAUCCUCAAGCAAAGUACAAUUUUUUUCCUUCUUACCUUUUUGUGAGCUGUUGCUCUCUUCUCACCUAGAAAAGCUUCCCGUAUCACGGAUUGCUUCACUCCUUUAUUCAAUCUUCUCAGUUAUAACCCACGCACCCCCCCGAUCUUCCUCCAUCCGGCAACUUCAAACCACAAAUGCAUCCCCCAACCAUCAAUGAUGCUGCCCUCAUUGAUGUAGAGGCUCCUGACCACGACCAUGAAUCCUCCCCAACACGGUUCCAUGAGCCGCGCCAUCUUGCGUCCGUCCCGUUGCUUCUCCGUCCAUCCUAUGCCAGGUCGAAAUCACUCAUCUCCGAUGAUCUACACCACUUCCGAAUCAGCCUCAGGUGGUGCGCACUCGAUCAGUCCUCCUGUUUUGGGAAGUUCAUCUCCAUUUUCACAUUCGUACUUUUCACCGUCGUCAUUCCAAUAGUGGGCUCCCUUGCCGUGAAAGUACCAUCGACAGCUCCGGUCGAGAACCCGAUAUCUUUCAACCUGCUCAUCCAGUUCCCGGAGUCGGGCUUAGCUGCAAUUGGCUUCUUCACACUAUGCAGGUUCUUCAACAAGUACGGGCUGCGGCAGCUCCUCUUCCUCGAUGCGCUUGAACAUGACUCUGCCCCUGUGCGUCGUAACUACGCCCGCGAGCUCGACAAGUCAUUCCGCUACCUGUCCUACAUCCUCCUUCCUUCCUUCCUCGUCGAACUCGCCCACAAGGUCGUCUUCUUCUCGACCGUCUCCAUGUCCUUCUCCCUCCCCUUCCCCUUCCCAUCCAACGCCGUCCUCUUCGUCCUUGUCCUCGCCUCCUGGAUUUACCGAACCGGCAUCUUCCUCCUCGUCUGCGUCCUCUUCCGGCUGACCUGCGAGCUCCAGAUCCUAAGGCUCGGCGGCCUCCACGGGAUGCUCGAGGGGUGCGAAUCCGACCCGACCGCCAUAUUCGACGAGCACGUCAGGAUCAGGAAGCAGUUGUCUGCAACAAGCCACCGGUACCGGUUCUUCAUCAUCAGUUGCCUCGUGACAAUGACAGUGAGCCAGUUUGCAGCACUCCUGAUCGUCCUGGCAUCAAAGACCGAGAAGAAUUUCUUCAAUUCUGGAGAUCUUGUGGUGUGUUCGGUUGUUGAGCUGAGUGGUCUGUUCUUGUGCUUGUUGGGGGCAGCAAGAAUCACCCACAGAGCUCAAGGGAUUGCCUCUCUGGCCACUAGAUGGCACAUGCUCGUGACUUCUGCUUCUGCUUCUGGUUCGAACUGGCCAAAACCCGAAACCAUGGAACAAGAGGGUUCGCACAGUGACGCCGACUCGGAUCUCCUUAUCCCGGUCUCCACCUCCUCGGAUUCUAGCUCAUUCCAAAUCCGACAAGCAUUAUUGGCGUACUUGGAACGGAACAAUGGCGGGAUAACGCUGUACGGGUUUGCGCUGGACAGGGGGCUGCUGCACACGAUCUUUGCUUUCGAGUUCUCACUCGUGCUGUGGAUACUGAGCAAGAUUUAAGCCAAAAGGUCACUUACAAGUGACCACAAGAAAGUGAGAAGCUCACUUGGAACAAUUGAAGGAUGAGGAUUGAAACUCAAGCAAACCGAGACCUCGAUGAACUAGGCCCAGUUCAAUCUUCCUGCCAUACCACAUCUGAUGAGUUAUUCCAUUGAAGAUCUCGUUGGUUUUAAGUUGUCUUAAUGUUACAGAAGAUGUGUGAACUGAUGCAAAGCCAAACACACUACAGUGACACUGUAUGUUAUUGCUGAGAUUCGGUACACACUUGACACUAGACUAUGUAGAAAUGAUACAGAGCCAAACGCACUAAAAUU